AUGUGCCAAAGCUUCGAGUCCGGGAGCAACGGCCGAACCUCACGCACGCGGCCUCCACCUCCGGCUCCGCGGUGCCCGAGCCCGAGCACGGGGAUUUAUAGGAUUUGGGCGCGAAGCAAGCUUGAGCGUCUUGGUUUGGGGCGGUGGGCGCUCAGGCCCUGCCGAAGACGGUGGCUCUGGUCCGAGACCCUUGGCCUCUUGCUCCAAGGAAAAGAGAGAGCAUCCACCCUCAUUCAGCCACUGGUGCUUCAUAACCAGGACGGUGCUGGGAUUACAGUUCCAGGACCCAGUAGAUUUAAUAGACGAGUAUCAGUCUGUGCAGAGGCUUAUAACCCUGAUGAGGAAGAAGAAGAUACUGACCCACGGGUGAUUCAUCCUAAAACUGAUGAACAGAGAUGCAGACUUCAGGAAGCUUGCAAAGAUAUUCUUCUUUUCAAAAAUCUUGAUCAGGAACAGCUUUCUCAAGUCCUGGAUGCCAUGUUUGAAAGGACAGUCAAAGUGGAUGAGCAUGUCAUUGACCAAGGAGAUGAUGGAGACAACUUUUAUGUCAUAGAAAGGGGAAUCUAUGACAUUUUAGUAACAAAAGAUAAUCAAAUGCGUUCUGUUGGUCAUUAUGACAACCAUGGCAGUUUUGGAGAACUAGCUCUGAUGUACAAUACCCCGAGGGCUGCUACCAUUGUUGCCACCUCUGAAGGCUCACUGUGGGGAUUGGACCGGGUGACUUUUAGAAGAAUCAUAGUAAAAAACAAUGCAAACAAGAGGAAGAUGUUUGAAUCAUUUAUUGAGUCUGUGCCAGUCCUUAAAUCAUUAGAGGUGUCAGAACGAAUGAAGAUUGUGGAUGUGAUAGGAGAAAAGAACUAUAAGGAUGGAGAGUGUAUAAUCACUCAGGGUGAUAAGGCUGACAGCUUUUACAUCAUCAAGUCUGGUGAAGUGCGCGUCAUGAUUAGGAGCAAGACUAAAACAAACAAGGAUGCUGGGAGCCAGGAGGUUGAGAUUGCCCGUUCCCACAAGGGGCAGUACUUUGGAGAGCUUGCACUGGUCACCAACAAACCUAGAGCUGCUUCGGUUUAUGCAGUUGGGAAUGUCACCUGCUUAGUUAUGGAUGUUCAAGCAUUUGAGAGACUUCUGGGGCCCUGCAUGGACAUUAUGAAGAGAAACAUCUCACACUAUGAAGAACAGCUAGUGAAGAUGUUUGGCUCCAGCUUGGAUCUGACCGACCCUGGACAAUAGAUAUGCCACAUCCCAGAGCCUUCUCAGUGUAACACCAGACCCUUCUGGUCAGCCACAGAACACAUACAGAAAACAGACACAACAGAACCAUCCCUGCUGUUGCCACCAUUGCUGCGAUUGCUAUGGUUUUGGGCAUUUAGAAAAUUUGAAAGUCAGCACUAAAGGAUGAGCAGAGGUUUGACCCACACCUCCAUUUUGCUUCUGAAAGCCCAUUAUUAAACCACUUGUAAUGAUUACUCCAACCCAGUUUUCGCAUCUUUGGUUUAGGAUGGCAUGUCUCUCCAACAAUUAAGUGCCUGAUAUGAAGUCCAAAGUAUAAACAUCCUCCUUUCCUCUCUUGCUGCUACUGUUGCUUUUGGAAGUUACCAUAAAGUCUGCAGAAACCUGUUGUAUAACUGUAGACACGGUCCUCCCAUCUUUUUCAAGGGAAGAAAUGUAGCCUUCAGUCUCUUCAUGUAUCUUUUGAGAAAGUCCACAUAUGUGUUUACAAUUGCUGCCUUUGGUUUUAUAGUAGAAAGUGGUACCAGAUGUGAUGGAGUCUGUGGUCCACUGACAUUAUUCGGUCUGCUAACAGCUUCACACAUUAUGGCUGUUUUCAGAUCCACGGUGAUGCUUAUGGAAAGACAUAAAAGAUUAGUUCCAAAGCAGACUGCGUAGAACCCAUGUUAGAGCAAAAAUACUUGAAUUCAGCACAUUUUACAAGUAGUAGAGAGCAAGGAAAGGUUUUCUGGGUUAGAAGUUUUUUCUUUUGUUUUGGUGAAUGUUUUGUUUAACCUCUGAGGUUUGCAUGCAUGAGUGAAUUGUCAUCCAUUUAUAAGGAGCCAGGGGUGGCCAUUUAUUUCAUUUGCUUAGAGCGUGGUUCGGUAGAAGUAGCCAGGGUUGGAGGUGCCAUUACUUGAUCUGAGCUAAAUAUUCUUCUCAGCAGGUCCAGCUAUUUCUUGUUUCCAGUUGCUUCUAGUACCUAAUGGCAGUAUGCUGACAAGAAGUGCUACACAGACAGCCCAUUCCUUCUCCUCGAGUUGUUGCAUAGUUUGGUUGUCGAACUGUCAGUUUUUUUAAUUAUUUAGAAUCCCUCUUAUCUUCUCUCUUCUCUCUCCCUCUUCCUCUUCCUCUUCUCUUCUCUUCUUCCUUGGCUGGGUGCGUGGAGCACACCUGUAGACCCAGCACUCAGGAGGUUAAGGCAGGAAGAUUUCUGUUAGUUCGAGGCAACUACAGAGUGAGACCCUGUCUCAAAACAAAACAAAAUAAAACAAAACAAAACAAAAAAACCUGUUAGGGGAAUUCCCCUUGGAAUGUAUUCAUCUAUAUGGAACUUGUCAGCUGCCUCAGACAUUCAUUCUAAAGUUCAACUUUGUGUUAAUUUCCAGAAAUUGACAUCCCUGGGACUGGGGAUAUAGCUCAGUGGUAGUGUACUCACCCAGCAAGCAAGAGCCCCUGGGCUAAGUCCUCAGCACCACACACACAAAAACAAAAGGCAUCAUUAACAGUUUCAAUGAAUUACUGUGAAGACCUUUUUAAUUAAGAUGUUGGGAUAUUUUGGGUUCUAAUUGCUCAUCCCCUAAGACAGUAAUUUAACUUGUAUUUUAAAAAAUUUUAACCUUUUAAUUUUAGCAGGUAAAAUUCUUAUGAAUUGUCCUAAUUAGCUAUAUUUCAGAAUGAUUUUUUUUUUUUCUUCAGAGUGAUUUAGAAUCAGAUGCCACAAGGGAUCCAUGAAGUAGGACUCUUUUUCAGACUACCCUGGGUAACCUAUUUUGCAACUCUCAGAA